AUGUUCCUCGAUCAGAUCAAGGAUGCGCUGCAAGAAGUACCAAUAUGGUACUUGCUGAUCCUGAUAGGGGUGGUUCUCGUCGCUCGCCUUGGUCUGAACAGGUAUGGAGGCGGUCUCAACCACAUUCCAGGCCCGACGCUGGCGCCUUUCACGAACCUCUGGCGGUUUUUCGUCGUAUGGGGUCGUCGUCCCGAACUUGCACAUAUCAAGCUGCAUGAGAGAUAUGGUCCGUUAGUCAGGUUGGGGCCUCGAGUGGUCUCGGUGUCUGAUCCAGCGGCGAUCUCGGUCAUCUAUGCUCUGAAUGCAGGCUUCGUGAAGUCGGGGUUCUACCCAGUCCAGCAGACCAUUGCAAAGGGCCGCCGCCUGUAUACGAUGUUCAGCACGACCGAUGAAAAAUUCCAUGCCAAGCUCCGACGGGCGGUAUCGAAUGCCUAUGCCAUGAGCACCCUGGUGCAAUUUGAGCCCCUGGUUGACUCGACGACACUGGCAUUCCUGGAUCAGCUCGAGAAGAGGUUUGCAGACAGGGCGGGGCCGGACGGGAUUUGUGACUUUUCGACGUGGCUCCAAUUCUACGCUUUCGAUGUCAUCGGCGAACUGACCUAUUCGAAGCGCCUGGGAUUCGUUGACCGCGGGCAGGAUGUGGACGGCAUCAUCAAGAACCUCGAGUGGUUGCUGAACUAUGCUGCUAUCGUUGGACAAAUGCCGUUCCUGGAUCGAUUGUUCCUCAAGAACCCGCUGAGAUUGUUUGCAAGUCAAAUCGGACUCAUCAGCUCCAACACCCCAGUAGCAACGUUUGCCAGGAACCGGAUCGCAGCUCGACAGGAUGUAGAGAAAGGCCAAGAAAAGGCAGCGAUUUCAUCUGAUGGGAAACCGGGAAGGAGGGACUUCUUGUCGAGGUUUACCGAAGCGCAUUACAAAGACCCAGAGUUUAUCAGCCGGGAGAGAGUGCUGGCAUUGACCGUGGCCAACAUGUUCGCAGGAUCCGAUACCACUGCGAUCAGCCUGCGAGCGAUCUUCUAUUACCUGUUGAGGAAUCCAGACGACAUGCAGAAUCUCAUGAGGGAGCUUUAUGAGGCAAAAGAAAAGAACAAUGCAACUGGUCCCGACGGGUCCUUCAAGUGGAACAGUGUCAAAGACUUGCCAUACCUGAGUGCCGUGGUGAAGGAGGGUCUGCGCUGUCAUCCAGCAAGCGGGCUCACCCUUGAACGAAUCGUACCCCCUCAAGGCAUCACCAUCUGUGGGAAGUUCAUCCCGGGCGGGACUAUUGUGGGAUGCAAUGCCUGGGUUGUACACAGAGACGGUCUGUUCGGCGCACAUCCGGACCAGUUUCGUCCUAAAAGAUGGCUUGAGGCAUCACCGGAGCGCAAGAGGUUGAUGGAGAACUCCCUGUUCACUUUUGGCGCAGGAUCACAUACGUGUAUUGGCAAGAAUAUCAGUUUGCUCGAGAUGUACAAACUCGUUCCGGCGUUGCUGAUGAGAUUCGAGAUCGAGUUCGCGGAUCCUACAAAGCCAUGGAAACUCCACAACGCGUGGUUUGUCAAGCAGUCCGAAUUCAAGGUGUGCCUUCGGCGGAGAAAGUGA